AUGAUUUUCAAAUUAAGAUAUUAUCAAUAUUUAAAUUUUGCUAGAUGUUUAACUGCAAAUGCGCCUUCUUCAAACACAACGGUUGGUUUAGAUCCAAGUGGUUUCUUAUUCUUCAAUAUCAAUACAACAAAUCCUGAUCACUCAACUUAUGUUUUCAGAAGAUGUCGGAGAGAAUAUGCAGAAUCAAUACUAGCUGUAUGUGGUAAGAAUGGAAGUCGAAAUAGAACAAUGAUUAAUGCAACUCAUAUUUCCAAUGUUCAAAAUGGUUCAGACUUAUUUUUAAAUUGUGCUAAACCAAUCCCAACUGAGCUAAAAGAUGAAAUAGCUAAAAAAUAUAAACUGUUAAGCCACUAUACAUUAUUGUCCUAG